AGCAGAUAGUGUAGUGAGUUACUGGUUUCAGGUUACUGGUUUUUCCCGACCGAGCGAUCAUUUUGGUGAAGCUAAGAAAAUGGUGGUGAGGAUCCGAUUGGCAAGGUUUGGAUGCAAAAACAGGCCGUUCUAUCGGGUCAUGGCGGCCGAUAGCCGAUCUCCUAGAGACGGCAAGCACCUCGAAGUCUUGGGUUACUACAAUCCCUUGCCAGGCCAAGAUGGUGGCAAACGAAUGGGUCUAAACUUUGAAAGAGUGAAGUAUUGGCUAUCUGUCGGAGCUCAGCCCUCAGAUCCUGUGCAGCGCAUUCUUUUCAGAGCAGGGUUGUUACCUCCACCGCCAAUGGUGGCAAUGGGACGUAAGGGUGGGCCACGUGACACACGGCCUGUAGAUCCUUUGAGUGGAAGAAUUUUGAGUCCUGAGAAGCCAGCUAAUGGUGAUCAAGUGAAAGAUGCUGAAAGCACUGAAAAUGGUGGGCAACGGGGUAUGCAAGAAACAAUCUUACAUAUCGGAUUGCAGGAUAAGCAGCUUGGUGUCGGUCAAUUCUGAACAGCUUGUGAAGAGAUAACAAGUACUCAACUCACAUGUAGCCAUAAGAAAGUGCUAUUUACUAGCUACUGUAUUGAAUGUCUGAUUUUAUUUUGUUUAUGGAAUGAAUUUCAGCUUGUUCUGAUAUUACCUCA